AUGAAGAUUAGAAAAAAGAAAAAUUAUGAUGUAAGUUUGGACUUUUUUGACACAUUUAACUUUACCCAUCUUCCCCUGCCUCGCCUUUCCUUUCCACUACCUUUCUUUGCACCUUUCCCUACAUCUCUCCCAUUUUUCCCCUGCCUUUCUUCUUCCCCUUUCUAUUUCCAGACCUCUUUUUUUCUCUUGCCUCUCUCCAGUGCUUUCCAAAUUCUUGCACAUCUCUGCCUCUCUUCUCAUAUUUCUUUUACCUCUCCUUUCUCUGCAAAUCAUUCUCUUUUCUUUGCAUAUCCCUUCCUUUUUUGCCUCUCUCCUCACAUUUCUACUGUCUCUCUUUUCUCUCCAUAUCCUACUCUCUUUCUUGGCAUAUCCCUUUCUUUCCUUGCAUAUCCCUUCCUCUCUCCUCAUAUUUCUACAGUCUUUUUUUCUCUCCAUAUUCUACUCUCUUUCUUGGCAUAUCCCUUUCUUUCCUUGCAUAUCCCUUCCUCUCUCCUCAUAUUUCCACUGUCUCUCUUUUCACUCAUAUUCUACUCUCUUUCUUGGCAUAUCCCUUUCUUUCCUUGCAUAUCCCUUCCUCUCUCCUCAUAUUUCUACUGUCUCUCUUUUCUCCCCAUAUCCUUCUCUCUUUCUUGGCAUAUCCCUUUCUUUCCUUGCAUAUCCCUUCCUCUCUCCUCAUAUUUCUACUGUCUCUCUUAUCUCUCCAUAUCCUUCUCUCUGUUGUUGCAUAUCCUUUUCUUUCUUUGCAAAUACCUUCCUCUCUCCCCAUAUCCUUCUCUCUUUCUUGGCAUAUCCCUUUCUUUCCUUGCAUAUCCCUUCCUCCCUCCUCAUAUUUCUACUGUCUUUCUUCUCUGUCCAUAUUAUUCUCCCCCCCCGUAUAUCCCUUUCUCUCCUUUCUCUCUCUCUCCUGACUGA